AUAAAGCCAAGACUAUAAAAUAAAGUAAAAAACAAUUAGCAAAAUUACAAAAUAGAAAACAAAGGUCAACAAGAAAUAAAUCUUGAAAUCUUCAUCAACACAAACUCUCUUUUCUCUCCAUAUAUAUACCCAAAACACAAAAAAAAAUCUAGAAAGGCUUGAAAAAAUUGUCAUUUUGUGGUUAUAAAUGAAAAUAAACCCACCACCAAAUAACUCCACUCUUUAUCUCUCUUCCUCCUUCUCCUAUAACUUGCAACUUCCCACACCAAAAAAGAUUCCAUCAAAGGUCUCUCUCUCUUCAUAAACCAAUAUUUUCACGUAAGAAACAAACUUUUUCCGAUCAAAGAUUGUGUGCAGAGUCAGAAAUUUUCCCGGGGAAAAGAAAAAUGCAGGAUCUGACGUCAGCAGCAGCGUAUUAUCAUCAGUCGAUGAUGAUGACGACGGCGAAACAGAACCAACCAGAGUUACCAGAACAAGAACAGCUAAAGUGUCCUCGCUGUGACUCACCUAACACUAAAUUCUGUUACUACAACAAUUACAAUCUGUCACAGCCCCGUCACUUUUGCAAAAACUGUCGUCGUUACUGGACUAAAGGCGGUGCUCUUCGUAACAUCCCCGUCGGUGGUGGAACUCGGAAAAGCAACAAACGAUCCGGUUCUUCUCCGUCUAGUAAUCUCAAGAACCAAACCGUCGCUGAGAAACCUGAUCAUCAUGGGUCCGGGUCAGAAGAAAAAGAAGAGAGAGUUUCGGGUCAAGAAAUGAAUCCGACCCGGAUGUUAUACGGGUUACCAGUUGGAGAUCCGAAUGGUGCGAGUUUUAGUUCGUUGUUGGCGUCGAAUAUGCAGAUGGGUGGGCUUGUUUACGAGUCCGGGUCGCGUUGGUUACCAGGUAUGGAUUUGGGUUUGGGUUCGGUACGGAGGAGUGAUGACACGUGGACUGACUUAGCUAUGAACAGAAUGGAGAAGAAUUGAAGAGGCGAAGGGUAAUUUGGUCAAUUUGACAUAGAUGUCUUUUUUUUAGUCAUCUCAUAGUCAAACAUAACAACAAAUGAUGUCGGUCCAUUUAGCGCUGUAGUCAUUUUUUUUCACUUUGUUUUUCGUCAUUUUCCACCCAAAUUGGCUUUAGUGAGUGUUAUUUAGAAAAAAAAACAUUUCCGCAAACUCUAGCGAGUUUUAUAUGAUGAUAAGUAUUUGAUGAAUAUCUAUUUCUUUUGGAAUUAUAUUAUUGUCCUAAUGUGAAAUUAAGAGUUGACAUAUAUUCUAUUUCUUUGUAAGGAAACAUAUAAUAAAAAGUCACCGCGUUUACAUGUAUGAUACAGAUUCUAUGAUCACAAAUCUAUGUAGUUACGA